AUGGGUCUCAAGGACAAGAUCAAGGACGCUCUCCAUAACGAUGACCGGGACGAAUACACCGACACGACAACCCACGGCCACACCGGCACAACCGGCGCCUACCCCAACGACGACGCCAAGCUUCACAAGACCGACCCCAGGACACACAACCACGGUCUCUCGUCGCACGACCCCAACUACAGACACCAGCAAACCGACUCGGGCAUCGGGCUGAACGACCGCAGCCACAGGGACAACAUCAACACCAACACCAGCACCUCUACCACGACCGCCACCGCCGCCGGCCAGAACGACCCCUACUGGGGCGCUGUCGGCCGCGACGACCCCAACCGUGUCGGCCACAACAACAGCAGUAGCCUGAACCGCAAGGACCUGCCUCUGCGCCCUGGCGAGCAGACCUCGGGUGCCUACGGCAGCACUGGCUACGGCAACACCUCCACCAAUGCCGGCCCCCACGACAGCAACGUCGCUAACAAGGUCGACCCUCGCGUCGACUCGGACCGCGACAACCGUGGCGCCUACGGUACUACCGGCAACACCCACACCAACACUGGCUAUGGUGGCACAUCCGGUACCGGCUACGGCGACACCGCCAACAGGGGCUACGGCAACACAUCCACCACCGGCCCCCACAAGAGCAACGUCGCCAACAAGCUCGACCCCCGCGUCGAUUCCGACCGCGACAACCGCACCAACUACGCCUCCAACCAGGCCUAUCCCAGCGGCGAAGCCGUCGGCGGAGGCACCUACAGCACCGCCCCCGGCAGCCACCAGGUGACCGGCCACCGCCUCGACGACAACGACGGCUACGACAGCCGCACCCGCGACCGCGACUUCGGCCGCGAGCCCCGCGAUCGCGCCUCAGCUUCAGCCUCGGGCCCGGGCAUCGCGGGUGGCGUCGGCGCCGCCGGCGCAGGCAUCGCCGCGUCCGAGCUGGCGCGCCACCACCCGCGACCGCGACUUUUGACCAGACGGCCUCGGGGCGAACAACUACAUUGA